CGUGCUGCAGUGGCGGCCAAUAGCUCCACAGUGCUGUGCUUUAACCUGUUGCGCCCCCAGGGAGGGGCCUCUUCUGCACACUUCUGAAUCACGAAGGUCCUUUGUCCCCAAGCCCAGAUGCUUCCCUGGCACUGGGCGUCACAGCGGUGCUGGCGGCCCACCGGCACAGAGCGUGUGGUCUCUCGUACCUCCCAGACGCUCCACAAGCUGUUUCCAGGAGAAUGGUCUGGAAUGCUUAUUUUUUUAGUGGUCCAUCCUGUGCUCGGUGAUGCCGAGCUCGUGAGCCACUGUCUCGUGAGGUUGUAAGGAUGAGAGUUCAGAUAACACUUGCAAAGCACAUGCACCUCUAGUGUUGGCUUUUAUGGUUACUGUGAGCUUCUCGAAGAAUUCCCAUGAACUUCUGUCAAGCCGGGUCAGAGUGUCACCAGGGGGAGUGUAGGACAUUACUCCCGAUGUUACCUUUCUCCUGCAUCACUGAAUGUUAACCAUGGGAAGGAGUUUGGAGGUCAUCUCAUCCACCUUCCCCACUUUCUAGAUGAGGAAACUAAGACCCAGCGGUUUUAAACAACUGUGCAGCAGACAUACAGCAACUCGGAACACAAGUGUAAAUAAGUUAGUAUAAAAUUGUAGAAACUGGUCAGUAGAGCUGUACUCUAUUCUUAGUGAAAUAGCGUGGGGGGUGUUCUUUGAAGUGUUGCUCUUGUUCAUUUAUUUCUAUGUUUAGAUAAGUCAGACGAGAAGGAGCCAGGGUUCCAGCCAGCGUGUCACUGCAGCAUGGAUACGCCUAGGCUGUCCAGGAUAUCGCUGAAACACUCAUCCCCUUCUUAAUGUACUUUGAGGAAAAGUCCAGCCCAGGCUAGAAGCCUGACGACCAUGUAGCUAGGUCCUUAAAAGCAGGGCCCCCCGCUUCUUUGCAUCUGUGCUCCCAAACCUAGCACAGGUUUGCAAAGGUUUCUAACAAAUGCCCUGUGGAUGCUGAGUCAGUUGGUUCUUGGGGCUCCCCGAGAACCCCUUGCCCCUGGGAUAGGGAGCGAAGCCUUUUUGAGCCCACGCCAGUCUGCCCCGGCCUCCCCUAACGGCUGCCUUUCGUCUGCAGGCGCAUCCCUGGGCGCGCGUGCGGCUGCGCCAGACGAGCCUGGCCCGGAGGGCCUGACCUCUACCUCGCUGUUGGACCUCCUGCUACCGACCGGCCUGGAGCCGCUGGACUCGGAGGAGCCCAGUGAGGCCAUGGGCCUGGGAGCCGGCCUGGGGGCCCCCGGCUCAGGCUUCCCCAGCGAGGAGAGCGAGGAGUCCCGCAUUCUGCAGCCCCCGCAGUACUUCUGGGAAGAGGAGGAGGAGCUGAAUGACUCCAGCCUGGACCUGGGGCCCACUGCAGACUACGUUUUUCCAGACUUAACUGAGAAGGCAGGUCCCAUCGAAGACACCAGCCAGGGCCAAGAGGUGCCAAGCCUGCCCUCUCCCUUGCCCAAGAUGAAUCUGGUAGAGCCACCCUGGCACAUGGCUCCUGAAGAUGAGGAAGAAGAGGAGGAAGAGGAGGAGGAGGAAGAGGAGCGGGAGAAAGAGGAGGGAGAGGAGGAGGAGGAAGAGGAGGAGGAGGAAGAGGAGCUGCUACCUGUGAAUGAAUCCCACGAGGAAACCCAAACUGAGGCUCACGACUUCUCUUCCACCAGCAGCAGCCAGACCCCAGGGACCCCCAGACAAAGGCAUGAAGAUUCUGGGGACCCGGCCUCCUCUGGCGUGGAGGUGGGAAGCAGCAUGGAGCCGAGCCUGUCACCGCCCUCAGUCACCCCAAGUACAGUGACCCCGGGAGGGCAGGACUUCACCAGCCAGGAGGCAGGGGCCACAGUGCUGCCGGCUGCAGGGCACGGGGUAGAGUUUGAGGCCCCUCAGGAGGCGAGUGAAGAGGUCACUGUGGGAGCAGCCGGGUUGGCUGGCAAGCAAGGGGAGGGGCCGUCCUUGGCUGCAUUCCCUCACACUGAGGCUCCCAGUGGGGCUGAGACCCCAGAUGAAGACCCCCUUUAUCCUGGAGCUUCAGCCUCUCUCCCACUAGCCCCCCGAGACGUGGACCUGACGCCCUCCUCGGCUACUGUGGGGCAAGAAGACCUCAGCCAGCAGUCCCGGGAAGGGCAGGCCGCUGAAGCUCAGUCCAGAAUACCCUGGGAUUCUACUCAGGUCAUCUGCAAAGACUGGAGCAACCUGGCGGGGAAAAACUACAUCAUUCUGAACAUGACGGAGAACAUAGACUGUGAGGUGUUCCGGCAGCACCGGGGCCUGCAGCUCCUGGCGCUGGUGGAGGAGGUGCUGCCCCGCCACGGCAGCGGCCGCCACGGGGACUGGCACAUCUCCCUGAGCAAGCCCAGCGAGAAGGAGCAGCACCUUCUGAUGGCCCUGGUGGGCGAGCAGGGGGUGGUGCCCACACAAGAUGUCCUCUCCAUGCUGGGCGACAUCCGCAGGAGUCUGGUGGAGAUUGGCAUCCAGAACUACUCUACCACAAGCAGCUGCCAGGCGCAGGCCAGCCAGGUGCGCAGCGACUACGGGACGCUCUUUGUGGUGCUGGUGGUCAUCGGCGCCAUCUGCGUGGUCAUCAUCGUGCUGGGCCUGCUCUACAACUGCUGGCAGCGCCGGCUGCCCAAACUGAAACACGUGUCGCACGGCGAGGAGCUGCGCUUCGUGGAGAACGGCUGCCACGACAACCCCACGCUGGACGUGGCCAGCGACAGCCAGUCGGAGAUGCAGGAGAAGCAGCCCAGCCUGAACGGCGGCGGGGCUGUCAACGGCCCGGGGGGCUGGGGCGCGCUCAUGGCGGGCAAGCGGGACCCAGAGGACUCGGACGUGUUCGAGGAGGAUACGCACCUGUGAGGGCUCCG